GUCAGCAGUCAAGACGAGUUUACAAGGCAGUUGAAGAGAUUACUCCGGUUGGUUUUUGAUCACGAUGAAAACAAAUACAAGAGGAAAUCUUUUUUGGAAUGGUUUAAGCGAUGGCUGAACAGUACCAGUAACAACAGGCGAUACCACUCUGGGUCACUGCCAUCCCGUUACUGUAAGCUGGCUAUUGGUCUGGUUGUGGCCAUCUUCAUGAUCAUCAUAUUCGUCAGACUCGGCCGUCUCUCUCCGUCGCUGAUGAUCCAGCCUUGGAUCCAAUGAGUAAUCCUAACAUCAAAGUCAACGAGUAAUAAUCGUCUCUACACUUCAUUCAGAACUACAAGUGUACAAUGGUUGUCUGUGAAGCAAUGUUUAUUUGCCCUAAAGCUUAUUUUAACUAUACUUUCAUAUGGUUUAUUACAAUUUAGGUAACUAAAAGAUCUUCUGCCUUGGACAAAAGAUGA